GGGCGCGCGGCGCGAGGUCACCUAUAAAAGGCGUCAUUUCCGACGCUGGGCCUCUUUUGCUGCCGAGCUUCCAUACGGCGUUGUGCCGAGUUACCCAUCGUUGCUUUUAACGGGAAACAUUCACAAUGUCCGGAGGUCUCGAUGCGUUGCAGAUGAAGGAAGAGGAUGUCCUUAAAUUCCUCGCUGCUUCUACCCACUUGGGCAGCACCAACUUGGACUUCCAGAUGGAGCAGUAUGUCUACAAGAGGAAGAGUGAUGGUAUCUAUAUUAUCAAUCUGAGGAAAACAUGGGAGAAACUGCUGCUUGCUGCUCGUGCCAUUGUCUCUAUUGAGAAUCCAGCUGAUGUUUGUGUCAUCUCUUCUAGACCAUUUGGACAGCGUGCUGUUCUCAAGUUUGCUGCUGCCACUGGUGCCACCCCAAUUGCUGGAAGGUUUACCCCAGGUACAUUCACCAAUCAGAUCCAGGCUGCCUUCAGGGAACCCCGUCUGCUGGUAGUGACAGACCCUCGACAGGAUCACCAGCCAUUAACUGAAGCAUCAUAUGUCAACAUCCCCACCAUUGCUAUGUGCAACACCGACUCACCCCUACGUUAUGUGGAUAUUGCAGUUCCAUGCAACAACAAGGGUGCGCACUCCAUUGGUCUGAUGUGGUGGAUGCUUGCCCGGGAAGUUCUGCGUAUGCGUGGAACCAUUAGCCGUGAACAUCCGUGGGAGGUGAUGCCUGAUCUGUACUUCUACCGGGAUCCUGAUGAGAUUGAGAAGGAGGAGCAAGCUGCUGCUGAGAAGGCUGCUGGUAAGGAGGAGUACCAGGGUGAAUGGACUGCUCCUGUCGCAGAGUUCGUUCAGCCUGAGGUUACGGACUGGUCCGAGGGGGUGCAGGUCCCUUCUGUGCCCAUCCAGCAAUUUGCAGCCGCAACUGGUAAAAAUCUGGCUGAGACGCUGGAAGCAGCAAGUACAUAUGCCAAGCCAGCAACAUUCCCUGCUGAAACAGCUUCAAAGGACUGGAGUGCACAGCCUGCUGCUGAAGACUGGUCAGCUGCUCCGACUGCACAGGCUCCAGAAUGGGGUGGUGCUGCUGCUGACUGGUCCUGAGACUUGGGAUGGUGCUGACCAGGCAAACAGAUCUGUUUUUGAUUGAAAAGCAGGAAAUAAAAAUGAUUUGAUUUUAAAA